AUGAAUAUUUUGGAGAGAUUCCGGGUACCUUGUGCUUGGCGAGGAGGCGCCAAACAACUCUCAGUGGAUGCUGUGAUACCCUUGUUUGCUGUUCCAAUAUUAUCCUGCAUAGCUGCUCAGACAGUUUUAUGUACAAUUAUAACUUUUGCCACAACGCCAAUACUAGUCUACUAUCUACACCAUAAUUUCCUACGAUUUCUGCUUAGGACAAAGUUUUUUCUCAUGUGGAACGUAACCAGCGUUGUUAUGCUGAUGUUAGUCUUUGAAAUAACCGUUGUACCGCUACUAGAGAUUUUACCAGAAGAGAACUGGGUAUUUAUUAUUAGCGUAGCAGGCGGCAUUGCAUGUGCUUAUCAAACAAAGAUCAAAGCAGACUGCACAUCUCAGGAUGGUAGUACCUCCACUCAGGGAUUAGAACUCGGUGAAGGUAGUGGGGAACUUUGCACUACAUGCCGAAGACGAGCCCCUCCUAAGGCAUAUCACUGUCGUAUGUGCCAAACCUGCAUAUUGAGGAGAGAAUAUCAUUGCAAAUGGCUGGACUGUUGCGUGGGGGGCAGCAACCUCCGAUGGUACAUGGCCUGUCUCUUGUUCUCAGCUGUUGCCUUCAUUUAUGGUUCUAAUCUCACCAUGACCAGCGUGUGCCAUCCUUUCAUUUUCAUUGGAACAAUACUCCUUCCCGAUGACUGUAGUGACGUUUAUCACCAGCUCGACAUUGCUCUUUGCUUUGUAUCGGCAAUAUACAGCCUUCUUGCUGGAUUGGCUGUGUUGCGAUGUUUGCUGUACCAUUCCUGGCUGAUUUGUAUUGGAACAACGGCUAAUGAACGUCGUUUAGCAACAUCCGGGCGCAGCGCCUAUGAACAAGGAUCAUUAAAAAACUGGAGGCAUAUAUUCUGCUGUAAAACUUGAUAAGUAAAUUUGGGAACGUGACUGGCUGGCCUAUUCUGCAUAGUGAAAUUUUUCGACAAUAUUUCCGGCAAGACCAUGCAAAGUUUCUUGCAAAUUUGUAAAUAUUGAUAAGCAGAUAUUAUUGUUCCUAAUAUUAAUAUCAUUUAGGAACUAUGAAGAUGGAGAAUAAGGUUGAUGGAAUGCGACAAAAGAGAAGAUGCUAUUAUCAAAGUUCCGAUUUAGUUUUUAUAAAAUAUUAUUCAUUUCGAAACACUGUCUAUUGCAGUAAUUUACUGUAGAAAUCAUCUUAGAAACCUAGUAAUUUAUUUAUGUUAGAUUUUACAUAAUUCGUGAUGAAGCAAGACUUUUUCAGCUAAUCAAAUAUUCUCUAGUGUAUAUCAUUUGAAAUAAUUUUCGAAAAUCGUAGACUGCACAAUCUCUUCUAUGACUGCAUACAAUACUGUAAUAUUUAUUGAAACAAAAGGUUUCUUGUUUGUGAUUGCGCAUGUACUGUUUAUAGAUUUAUUAGCUAUGUAACUGUGAUAAAAACGGCCAUUGAUACAAUUAAAAAUACUGUACAAACAAAUUACUAAACAGAUUAAUAGAUUAGUAAAAAAAGAAAAAACUAA